AUGUUCCGGAGCAAGACGGAUCCGACUCUGUGGCGGACGUGUACUAUUCUUUCGUUUGCAAGUUGCUAUUUGAUGUGGGGGCUGACGUAUUUGGCGCAGUUGCAUCCAAUUAUCGUGCCAAAGCGCGAUGAUCUGCGGGUGGAGCUGUGA